ACUUCCCACGAACAAUAAAAAAAGUCCUCUUUUGUACCCUACUCUCGCUCACAGUAGCCGCUUUCAUUCACCAUCGAUUCCUCUCUCGGCUGCUUGCCUUCUCUCUCUCUCUUCUUCGCGUCGAUUUCGUGCACUUCAGUUUCUUGCGUGCGAGCAUCGAUUUCUUCCUCGCCGGCUCGCGCGGAUUCGAUGGGUUGUUGAUUGGAGGAGAGCCUCGGGAGGGCCUGGAGUCCGCUGCCCAUGGCGCAGCCGCAGCCGCAGUCGCAGCGGCAGCGCGUCUACGAAGCCUGGAAGGGGAAUAAUAGGUUCUUCUUUGGUGGUCGGCUAAUAUUUGGACCUGAUGCUAAAUCCCUGCUUUUUUCUGUUGCACUGAUUUUUGUCCCGGUUGCGGUCUUCUGUGCGUUUGUAGCACGGAAUCUUCGUCAUCAAUUUCCUGCAUACAAUGCAGGGUACGCAAUUCUUGCCGUAGCAAUAGUGUUGGCAAUCUAUGUGCUUUCGUUACUUUUCAUCACCGCAGCUCAGGAUCCUGGUAUUGUACCUCGUGCAUCUCAUCCACCAGAAGAAGAGUUUCACUAUGACAAUUUAUCUCUUGCGGACACACCUGGCAGACUAGUCUUCCCUCGUGUAAAAGAUGUUAUGGUAAAUGGGGUGCCUGUGAAGGUCAAGUACUGUGAAACUUGCAUGGUUUUUCGGCCUCCUCGGUGUUCGCACUGUUCCAUUUGCAACAAUUGCGUGGAACGGUUUGACCAUCAUUGCCCCUGGGUAGGGCAAUGCAUUGGAAAGCGCAAUUACCGAUACUUUUUCCUAUUUGUUUCUUCGGCGAGUAUCCUAUGCAUUUAUGUAUUUGCUAUGUCAGCAUUGUACAUAAAGAUUCUCAUGGAUGGAGACUAUCCCACAGUGUGGAAGGCUUUGAAACACUCCCCUGCUUCUCUUGCAUUACUAAUAUAUUGUUUCAUCUGUCUUUGGUUUGUUGGUGGACUCACAGGAUUUCAUACAUAUCUCAUCAGCACAAACCAGACCACAUAUGAAAAUUUCCGGUACAGAGCAGAUGGCAGACCAAAUGCCUAUGAUCGAGGAUGUAUGAAUAACUUUCUAGAAGUCUUCUAUACUAAGGUUCCACCUUCCAAACACAAGUUCAGGGAACCUAUACAAGAGGAAGCGCGAGCUCCACCAGCUAACCGUGCUGUGGAGAGAGAAGAAGAGCCGGUUGGUGCUCGGACAAAAGUGGAAGAUGACCUUGACAUAGGUGGUGAUCUCUUGAAGAUCUCACAACGACAUAAUUAUGAUGGCAUUGAUAUUGAAAUGGGAGGUGGAGACAGAAAUAGUAGGAAUGAGGCUGUCUCAAACUCCAAAUUGAUAUCAAAGACGGAUGCACAAGCUCCUACAGUGGAAGAUGAGGUACAGCACCCGAGUCGGGGUGAAAGAAGUCGAAGUUCGGACCUCGCAUCAGAAGGCAUCACAACAAGUGCUCCAGUCUCCCAACCUGCAUUCCCAUUUCGGAGAGAAGCUCUUUAGGCAGUUUCUAUGAAGUCUGAAUAGAUGCCAGUGGCAUGGAUCAUUAAGCUGAUGAACUGAUUCAUUCAAGUCACAUCUGCACAGACAGGAACAAAUGCCCUUCAUGAACUUCAACGGCAUUCAUCAGUGCUUUCCACCAUUUUUCAUGUAUGUACCUCUGUUUUCAAAGAAGUGGGCGAUUACUUCGCUGUGGGUCUUUUUUCUGCUAGUCUCAUCUGAUAGUGCCAGGAUGAUUCUUUUUGUAAAAAAAAACUGAUCCAUGAUACUUAGGAUGCUACCUGUAAUUCUAUUGCUCUGAAUUUCUCCUGUGCGCGUAUCAGUUGUCGUUCCUCAUGCACACUCUUACCCUCAUAUCGUCUGGAGGAUGUCGAUUUCAUCUAGAAUGCAACCCCAUUUUGUACCCUUACAAACAAUACAAUUUUCUUGAUAGGGCAAUCAUCACUUCGUUCCAUUUUGAGACCA